UUCAUUCCUUGGAGAGAGAGAGAGAGAGAGAGAGAGACCUUGUUUUCCCCAUCCAUGGCUGACAACCCUGACCCUUUUUCAUCAGGUUGGUUCAACUUCAACCCUCAUCUUCAACAAAACCCUAAUCCUAACUCCAUAAACUCCCAUUCAAACAAAACCACCAAUUUCAACCCUUUUCUUCUCUACCAUCAAUCAUCGUCAUCAUCUUUACACCCUCCUUCCCCAUCCAUUAGAGAAGCUCUGCCACUGUUGAGCUUAAGUCCCACAAACCAAGAGGAACAAGACGAUGAUGAAGACCAACGGCAGCCAUAUUCACGCUCUUCCAUGGAUGAUGAAGAAACCGUCACCGUUGCACUUCAUAUAGGGUUACCGAGCCCUAGCGCUUCGGAGUUGGCUUCGGUUUUAUCGUCUUCGGCGGAGUGUACCGACAAAGACGAUGAAUUACCGGCUAAUAGACUCAACAAAGGACAGUACUGGAUCCCUACCCCUUCUCAGAUUCUUAUAGGCCCUUCACAAUUCUCUUGCCCCGUUUGCUUCAAAACUUUCAACCGAUACAACAACAUGCAGAUGCAUAUGUGGGGGCAUGGAUCUCAGUACAGGAAAGGUCCAGAAUCACUAAGGGGAAUUCAACCAACAGCAAUGCUAAAGCUGCCAUGCUACUGUUGUGCACCGGGUUGCCGGAACAACGUCGACCAUCCUCGGACGAAGCCGCUAAAAGAUUUCAGAACUCUGCAAACGCAUUACAAGAGGAAACAUGGGAUAAAGCCGUUUAUGUGCAGGAAAUGUGGGAAGGCGUUUGCGGUGAGAGGGGACUGGAGAACGCAUGAGAAGAACUGUGGGAAGCUUUGGUAUUGCAUCUGUGGGUCGGAUUUCAAGCACAAGAGAUCUUUGAAAGAUCACGUUAAAGGGUUUGGGAACGGUCAUCAAGCUUAUGGGGUUGAUGAUUUGGAUGAAGAAGAUGAGCCUGCGUCUGAAGUUGAUGAACAAGAAUCCAUGCACUGAUUCCAUUGUUAGGCUAAGUUUCUUGUAAAUCCAUUUCCUUUUUCAAACCGCUGAUUUGAUUCCGUAAUUAGAGAAGCUGAA